CUACCAUACAGGCCAGCUCUGUUACAGAAAAUUAUAAUCAGUGUUUACUCUCCAUUAGCCGUCUAUUGAGUAUGGAGGAAAAUCCUACUCGGCGGAGUCCGUUACUGGAUAAACACACGUUUAGAGUCUAUGAUCAUGAAACGAAAGACUGAUAGCGUAGUAUCAAACCAGUCAAGCGCUUUAAUUCAAGAAAAUCGCCUUCAAGAAAGCAUACGGAAAGAUCUUAUACUUAAAACUAUUGUUUGUUCCAACGAAAAAGUUUUAUUCACUGAUAUUGCCGGUUUGGAGGACGUGAAACAACUGAUUUCUGAAGCUAUUUUACUUCCCAGAAAGUAUCCUUUAUUCUUUAAAUCUCGAAAAACUUGGACGAAGCUAUUGCUUUACGGCCCUCCCGGCACAGGGAAGACCAGACUCGCCAAAGCGGCCGCUUAUGAAAGUUCUUCGGUGUUUUUCUCGUUAUCCAGCGCGGAUUUGGUGAGCAGUUGGGUAGGAGAAAGUGAAAAAUUAAUACAAGAGUUAUUUUUACAAGCUAGUCAGCAGAAAAGUGCGGUCGUCUUCAUUGAUGAGGUAGACAGUUUAUGUCGAAAAAGAACAGAAAGAGAAGACGACUGCACGCGACGGGUUAAAACCGAACUACUAAAGCAAAUUGAUGGACAUCCGAAUGUAUUUUUACUAUGUGCCACCAACUGCCCGUGGGACUUAGACAAGGCCUUCCUCAGAAGGUUCCAGCGAAGAAUUUAUAUACCUUUGCCGAACGCACCAGCAAGAAGAAAGCUUUUCGAAAUUCAUAUUGGAGAAGUACCUUGCGCUUUAUCUAAAGAAGACUUUGAACUUUUAAUUAAUAGAACUGAAGGAUACUCUGGGAGCGAUAUUGCUGAUCUUUGUUUGGAUGCUCUUUUAUUUCCUCUGCGCGAACAUCAUUUCGCUCCUGAACUUAAAACAUUUUAUGCUUCUGAUAGUAAAUUCACUGUGGACGAGGCGCCUUUAAGGAACGUUAUUAUUGAAGAUUUUUUAAAAUCUCUUACCAACGUCAAAACAACUAUCACUGCUGAUGAUCUAAAUAAAUAUCAAACUUUCAUAUAA